AUGCGUCUCCUCAACACCCAAACGCUCAGCCUAGCGGAAUUCUUCGACUAUAACAUCCCUGAGUACGUGAUCCUCUCCCACACUUGGAAUAAGGAGGAAGUCAGCUUCCAGGCUAUCCAAGAUCUCUCUCUCGCGUCAAAGUUGAAAGGAUUUGCCAAGAUCCAGAGAUGUUGUGACCAGGCUACAAAAGACGGCUUUGAAUGGGCCUGGGUUGAUACUUGUUGCAUUGAUAAAACAAGCAGUUCGGAAUUGUCGGAAGCUAUUAACUCAAUGUUCCUCUGGUACAAAGGGAGCAAGAUAUGCUACGCUUUGUUGGAGGACAAAAUGUCAUGGGCUGCCGAGAGGCAGACUACCCGAUCGGAAGACCGGGCAUAUAGUCUUAUAGGACUUUCCGGUGUUAAUAUGUCGAUGCUAUACGGAGAGGGUGGUACAAAGGCAUUCAUCCGGCUCCAGGAAGAGAUCAUGAAGACGACAGAAGAUUACACCAGAUGUGAUGAGGACAAAAGAUUAUGUUCCGACCUCGAAGUAAAUCCGCCAAUCGAACACGACUAUUUAGGAAUGGGUGUUAAGCACGCCUCUCAGCUCAUCAAUAAUCCAGUGGAAAGUCCACCUUCGUUGACUAAUAGAGUGAAAGAGAAUCCAGAAAAGCCGUAUCAUUUUGGAAGGUGGAGGCCCGACAUGCUCAAAUUCGUUGCACCAGAGGUGGCGCAGAAAUUUACUCACUCGCGAAUGUAUGCGAGUACUCUCGGUGCCUUUAGUCAAGGAGGAUUGUUUGGGGAGGUAUCUUUGAACCCGAGCGCUCCCUCGUGUCUUUUCCACCUUCAGAUUAAGCCAGAAGGCGCUUCACUUAUUAUAAUUAGUGAUGCUUAUCCAAAAUUUAACGAUUUGGGACCUGUAUCGUCAUCAGGUCCAUGUUGGGAUCCACAAACCAAAAUUAUGGAGAGGGGGCUCGCCCAUUUCCCCAACUCAUGCUACUCAACCGGCAUUGUCGAGCUAAUACUAGACAGUAGAACACCGGUUCGAGUUCUGUUUGGUACUAUGACCGAUGUGGUGCCGUGGUGUGCGAUUGUUGACAAAGAAUCUUUGCUGUCCGAAAACAUAGCUGCAUCUUCUGACAGUCUCUGGGACCCUGAAAGCGCUCAUAUAUUCAAAUAUUUAUGUAAUUCCGAUCGAGCACGAAAGACUCUAGACUCUGGGUAUCAGGUUUUUGUUUCUAUAAGAACUCGCCUAACCGGAGUCCAAUGGGAUAUAAAGGUCCUGGGAAACUUCCUGCUUACAACGUAUACUUUUCUACUCGGACACUCGGACGCUCUGUCACUUCUCAAUGACUACAAUUUUGCUCCUCUUAACGUUAAAGAUCGUUUAAUCCUCAUUCUCUCCUCUAUUUUCGUUAUUUAA